AUGCAAAAUACAAAUCACAAAAAAAACGUUACUGGUUCAGGGUGUAAGGAUAGCCCAGGCCCGGCCGUUGGGAGCACGUGGUGCGCGUCCCAAUGGUCGAAUCGAUCAAACUGUAGCACCACCACGGGUAAUGCGCAACUGAAUACGGAAAUCGGAUUAAAUAAAGGAGAUAAAACGAUAACGGAUUUGAUUACGAUCGGACCAUUGGGAGCUGAAAUAACGGGGUCGCUGGACAAGCUGUUCAAUGAGAUAAGCCAGCUGGUCAUGGUACGGUGCAAGUACUUAGUGCCAAUUCGCGACAGAUCGUCUGUGGCACGUGACUCAGACGAUGAUUCUUCGGACUCGGACGAAGAUGAAUGCCGUCACCAGUCGGAUGUGCGUCUACCGGAAAAGCCAAAUGCAGAAAUAGGCGUAGUAAGCACUCGCUAUUAUUUUCGCGUGGUAAAAAAAUCACCACCGAGGUCAGCAUCGCGCUUGUGGUUAGCGUUCGAUGAGCGAAUGAACAGGUCAUUUAGUUCAGAAUCGCAGUCUGAAGAAUUGUGGUCAUUGGACUUGGAGCAGCCGUGGCCAUCGGACAGAGAGCUGUCCUCGGGAUCAAGGUCACCGUCGGUAAUAAGUCUGAAGGUAAAAUCAGCAUCCCAUUCGGAGUUAAAUCCAAAGUUAAAUUGGUCAAUAGAAGAUGAGUUAUUUUGGCCAUCAAGCGUAAUGCACGCGUGGUUUCCUUCUGACUCUGAGCUUUGGUCAGCAUCGCACUCGGAGCUCCAGUGGUCAUUGGACGAUGAAGAAGUGCUGCCAACAAACGUAAUGCAGAUGUAUCCAACGGACUCGGAUCAUUGGUCAUCGUCGCACUCGGGGGUAAAGUGGACAACAGACGAUGAACAAUCUCUACCAUCAAACUCAAAGCAAACGCUGUCAUCGAUGUCGGAACUUUGUUCAGAAUCUAAAUCGAAGCUUAAAUGCACCACGGACGACGAUAAACAACUGCAGCCAUCAAACUCAAAACAAACGCGGUCAUCGAAGUCGGGACUUUGUUCAGAAUCUAAAUCGAAGCUUAAAUGCACCACGGACGACGAUAAGCAACUGCAUCCAUCAAACUCAAAACAAACGCGGUCAUCGAAGUUGGGACUUAAUUCAGAAUCAAACUCGAAGCUCAAGUGCCCAACGGACUAUGAACAACUGCAGCCAUCAACCGUAAAGCAGACGUGGCUAACAGAUUCGGCGCUAAGGUUGCAAUUGCACUCGGAGCUAAUGUGGUCAACGAGCAAAGGGCAAUUGGACAAGACAGACUCAAACCAGAUGUGGCUGUCAGACUCGGACCUAAGGACGGCAUCGUACUCAGAUCUAAUGGGGUCAACGGGAUCAAUGGAUACAGACGAAUUGGGACCUUCAGACUUAAAGCAGAAGUGGCCGAUAGUCUCGGAGCUAAGGUCGGUAACGCUCUCGGAGCCAUUGAUGUCAUCGGACGAUGAGCAAAUCUUUUCAAUUGCUGAUGAGCAAAUGGUAUCAUUGCACGACGAGGAGGAGAUAAACGUGGUAAGUAUCAAUGAGGCAGACGAAGAUGCGACAGUGGCUGAACCGCCUACACCUAAACGUAGGUCGUUCCUGUCGGCGCUGGGGAGGCGAGUCCUGAGUGCCUGCAGAAAGCUGAUUUGCUGCGGUGUCUGUGGUCGCUGCUGUAAACGAUAA